AGGCUAUACAGGUGUGUAAGAACCAGGAAGACCUGGCGCUUACUUACCGCUUUUUAUCGGAUACCAAGUAGCCUACUAUCCUGGUAUCAACGAUAGAUACCAAAUGCAGAUCUCUUUUGAAUGUAAAGUUUUUUGCGAUUUCUCGGAGUAAAACAGACAUAAAUGGAAAAGCUAGAUUGGCUGAUUUUGGCAUAAGUCGUCGACUGAACUUAAGCCAAACAACUUUACGAACAAGCAUUGCUGGAACUAGAUGCUGGAAGGCAAAGGAGAGCAUAGAUGAGGAGGUUAACACUGGGUACAAGAGGAGCUCUGACAUUCAGGUUGCUGGGAUGUUAGUGUACUACAUUCUCUCUAGAGGACACCAUCCAUUUGGUAAAGGUCCAUUUUGUGAAGUCAACAUUCUACAAGGAAGAUACUCACUGGAACAUCUGGAUGAUGAUGUAGCGAAGGAUCUCGUCGAGUGCAUGAUCAAUGAAGAUCCAAACAACAGACCGACUGUGGAGCAGACCCUUGUACACCCCUUCUUCUGGACUGAUGAAAGGAGAGUGGAGUAUUUGAAAAAAAUGGGGAGCCAGAAUGAGGCUGGGAGCUGUCGUAAUGUUGAUGAGGAGCUCCUUCAUGCUAUUGAAAAAUACACUGAGGGGAAAAGCUUUUCUGAAUGGAAAACUAAAUUGCCAUCUGAGCUUGUUCAGAAACUGGAUGGUAAGAAGAAAGCCUAUCCUGAGAACACACUGGGCCUGCUGCGUUUCAUACGUAACCUACACGAGCAUUAUCCAGAUGAUGCAGAGAGCAUCAACCUGAUGGAUUCAUUCCCUGAUCUCUUUGGGAGUGUGUUCAGGUUUGCAAAGGAGAGAGGAUGGAACUCCAGGGCGAGUCUGAAAAAGUUCUUCAGCUCAGUUCCACAGAUUUGAUUGUUGUUAUUUUUGGUUACAGUAUGUUCAUUGAUUUUGCAUCAUGAAUGUAUUUCAUGAAUGAGUUUAAAUGUAGGGACAGAUGAAAGAUGAACUAAGAUCCAUUGUUUUGGGGGAAGUGAGGCCCUGACAACUAAAAAACAUUGACUGUUAAAGAGGCACAAUAUAAAAAACCAAGAGUCAGUAGUACAUUUUAAAAUUAUUAUUUCAGGUCUUGCUUUAUCUUGUGGAAAAAAUGUAAAUAUCUUUUACAGACCAACUUCAUGCCAAAUAAAAAAUAUAUAAACAUCCUACAGAUUCUGCAUGUAAACCUAAUUGAAGAAAUGUAUGUGUGAAUAAUGAGUUUAUUAAAUGUUAAUAAAAUUGAUGUAAUGAAAUA